AUGCCAAAUAUUGAUUUUGAAAAGAUUUAUUUGAAUCAGUCCAAGACUAGUGGACGUAUGCGUAUAGCUGAUUCCGGAUUGGGAUGGAAGAUGGCUUCAGGUGCCAAUGGAAAUCCUCCAUCUCAACCAUAUUUAUUACCAUCAGAAGAAAUCUUAUCAUUCCUGUGGUCGAGAGGUUCAAGAGGUUACGAAUUGAGAGUUCAAACCAAAAAUCAAGGAGUGGUUUUAUUAGAUGGAUUUGAUGUUGAAAAUUUCAAUGAAUUGAAACAAGAAUUACAAAGAAACUUCCAAAUUUCUUUAGAACAUAAAGAACAUUCAUUAAGAGGAUGGAAUUGGGGUAAGAUCGAUUUAGCCAGAAAUGAAUUAAUUUUUCAAGUCAAUAAUAAACCAAGUUUUGAAAUUCCAUAUUCAGAAAUCUCUAAUUCCAAUUUAACUGGUAAAAAUGAAGUUUCAGUGGAAUUGAAUUUAGAGAACAGUAAUGGUAAAGCCGGUGAUGAAUUAGUUGAAAUGAGAUUUUAUGUUCCAGGAGUUAUUGAAAAUGAAACCACCACUAAAGUUAAGAAUGAACAAGGAGAAGAAGUUGAAGAAGAAGAAGUUGAAGAAAUUAGUGCAGCUUCAGUAUUUUAUGAUCAAUUGAAAGAUAAAGCCAGUAUUGGACAAGUGGCAGGGGAAGCUAUUGUUUCAUUCAGUGAUGUAUUAUUCUUAACUCCAAGAGGUAGAUAUGAUAUUGAUAUGUAUCCAACAUCCUUAAGAUUAAGAGGUAAAACAUAUGAUUAUAAAAUCCAAUAUAAACAAAUUGAAAGAAUAUUUUCAUUACCAAAACCUGAUGAUUCUCAUCAAUUACUUAUUUUACAAAUUGAUCCUCCUUUAAGACAAGGUCAAACAAGAUAUCCAUUUUUAGCUAUGCAAUUCCAAAGAGAUGAAGAAAUUGAAGUUGAAUUGAAUUUAACUGAUGAAGAUUAUAAAGAAAAAUAUGAAAGUAGAUUAAAGAAAACUUAUGAUGCCGAAACUCAUUUAGUUAUGUCUCAUUGUUUUAAAGGAUUAACUGAAAGAAGAUUAAUUGUUCCUGGAUCUUUCCAAUCGAGUAUUUUACAACCAGGUGUUUCAUGUAAUUUAAAGGCUUCAGAAGGUUAUUUAUAUCCAUUAGAUAGAUGUUUCCUUUUUGUUACUAAACCAACAGUUUAUAUUCCAUUUAGUGAGAUUAUUAGUAUAACAAUGUCAAGAACAGGUACUGGAGUUUCAGCAUCUCGUACAUUUGAUUUAGAAAUCAAUGUUAAAAGUGCAUCUCAUGUUUUUGGUAGUAUUUCAAGAGAUGAACAAGCUACUAUUGAAAAUUAUUGUAAAUCUAAAGGUUUGAAAAUUAAGAAUGAAGAAAAAAUCGCUAAACAAAUGUUGGCUAAAGCUAUUAAUGAACAAGCUGAUGAUGACGAUGAUGAUGAAGAUGUUGAUAUGGGUAGUGCUGGUGAAGAAGAUAGUGAAGAAGAUGUUGAUUUCAAAUCAGGUGAUGAUUCAGAUGUAGCUGAAGAAUUUGAUUCUAAUGCCUCAGAAUCUGGUUCUGAUAUGAGUGAUGAUGAAGGUGAUGAUGAACCACCUAAAAAGAAGAAUAAGAAUUAG